AUGGGCCCCUAUAUACCGCCUCCUCCAUGCUGCUGCCAGGCCUAGUAAUCUGCCAUGGGCCCCCGUACCGAUCCCUCAUGCUGCUGCCAGGCCCGUAAUCUGCCAUGGGCCCCUGUGACCGCCUCCUCAAUGCUGCUGCCAGGUCCAGAGUGUGUCAUGGGUCCCUGUACGGCCUCCCAUUGCUGCUGUCUCUAUCGCCACACUCUGCCAUGUGCCUCUUUCAGGUCUCCUCCAUCACAAUGCUGGUGGUUUCCAUUUUUGUCAUAGGGUGCUGUAUGGCCUCCCAUUGCUGCUGCCUCCACCGCCACAUUUCACUGUGGCUCCACACUCUGGUUUUGGCCCCGUGACUGGCCAAAUGAGUGAAGUGUGCGGUGAUUCUAAGAUCGACGGCACUCAUCUGCAUGUCAUACUGCCUGACAGUAUUAUUUCUCUUCCCCAGCAGACUCCAAGGGCAUUUAAAUAAAGGUACAGUGUUCAGCACUAAUAUUA